AUGCGCCCAUCGCCGGUCGAUGGGAUUCCGAGACCGUUCGCGGCUCUGCGCGGCGAGGAGGUUGGACUCGGUCUCUACGGUCUUCGCGUUGAGCGAGACACCCUGCAGCUCCUUCAGCAGAGUGUUGAGAGUAUGCGUGAGCAGAGCCUCAGGCUCGGCGAGGAGAAGAAGCCCGAAGACAAGGGAGAGGACGGUGAGGUAGACCAUCCGAUGGAUAAGUGGCUCAACCCUGCCCGGCUGCUAACACCAGUCAUCGUCUGCAUGGCCCUCGUUUGGCUGAUGGUUCCCGGUGUAGGCCUGUUCUACUCUGGGCUUUUGCGACGAAAGAAUGCGCUCUCCAUGAUUCAGCUCGCAAUGCUUGGCGUUGCCGUUGCGUCCUUCCAGUGGUUCUUCUGGGGCUACUCGCUCGCCUUUUCCGAGACUGCCAACGCUUACAUCGGUGACCUCAAGCACUUUGGUUUGAUGAACGUUCUCGAGGCUCCUUCCAUGGGAUCGACUCGCCUUCCCGCCAUUCUAUUCUGCGCCUACCAGUCCUGCUUCGCCAUGAUCACGAUUGGCAUUACGGCCGGUGGCUUCGCCGAGCGCUCCAAGAUUGGGCCCGUCAUGCUCUUCAUGUUCAUCUGGCUCACCAUCGUCUACUGCCCCAUCGCCUGUUGGACCUGGAACGCCAACGGGUGGACCUUCAAGCUGGGCGGCCUGGACUUUGCUGGUGGCAGCCCCGUUCACAUCAGCAGCGGUACCGCUUCGCUCGCCAUUGCUCUCUAUCUGGGUAAACGUCGCGGCUACGGCACUGAGCGUCUCGCCUACAAGCCCCACAACACCACGUUCAUCGUCCUGGGUACCGUAUUCCUUUGGUUUGGUUGGUUUGGCUUCAACGGUGGCUCGGCGCUCUCCGCCAACAUGCGCGCUGUCCAGGCCUGCAUUGUUACCAACCUUGCCGCUUCCGUCGGUGGAAUCACCUGGAUGCUUCUGGACUGGCGCCUUGAUCACAAGCUUUCGGCUGUUGGAUUCUGCUCCGGCGCCAUCUGUGGACUUGUCGGCAUCACUCCCGCCGCUGGUUACGUAGGCUCUCCUGCCGCUGUUGCCAUCGGCGUUGUCACUGCUGUCGGUGCCAACUUUGCGACCAAAAUCAAGUACUUUGUUCGCAUUGACGAAGCCCUCGAUGUGUUUGCGACCCACGGCGUUGGUGGUCUGAUCGGAUGCUGCCUGACUGCGUUGUUCGCCGAUUCGCGCGUAGCCGGAUUUGACGGCAUCACUGCCAUUCCUGGCGGAUGGAUCAACCACAACUACAUCCAGCUCGGUUAUCAGAUCGCCGAUGCCGUCGCUAGCAUGGCUUACUCGUUUGUGAUGACCACGAUCAUUUGCUGGCUUCUUCACUUUAUCCCCUUCUGCCGCCUCAGCUGCAACGCCAUGAUCAUGAGCUUCCUCUCGCGCUCUCUGUCGCGACGAUCGUCCACCAGCUCGACGUCGUCCGGCUCCAGCGAUCAGGCCCAGUCACGUGUCGAGGACGGUUUCAACCCUAGUCCUGCAAUGUACUGGCACGCUCCCUGCGCGACGGCACCGUUUUACGUCUCCCAGCGUGAGGCCCGCAAGAUCGAGCGCAACUACCAGAAGAUGCUACAAAAGGGCAUCGUCGAAUACGCGAGGACUUGA